AUGUAUACGUCGGCCAUUGAUGGAAUCCAGCAGACAUUCGACAUGUCAUCCGACAUCGUGGUGCUUUUAGGUUUGACUACAAACCUUUUCGGUCUUGCCAUCGGCUGUGUGAUACUGUCUUCGUUGUCGGAGAUAUAUGGUCGUCGGACGGUGUAUCUUGUCUCUAUCACCUUAUUCGCUCUGCUGAUUCUCCCCGUGGCUCUUGCUGAAAAUAUCGAAGCCGUGCUUAUCAGCAGAUUCUUUGGUGGGUUUUUUGGCGGUGCUUGGAUUGCAAGUGCCCCUGGAAGUGUCACUGAUGUUACCGAUGAUAAGUAUCGUGCCUUGGCUUUGAGUUGCUGGAGUCUUGGGGCAAUGAAUGGGCCUGUUCUUGGUCCAAUCAUUGGUGGUUUUGUUUACCAAUACCUUGGCUGGCGCUGGACAAAUUGGCUCGUCUUGAUUUUGUCUGGGAUAUCGUUUGUUUUGAUGUUUCUCGUGAAAGAAACUUACACUCCGGCUCUUCUUCGACAGAGAACGAAACGAAGGCAGCAGGAAACGGGUAAUUAUAAAUGGUGGUGUCGCUAUGAUCACAAAGAAGCGGGUUUUCAAAUAUUGAAAACAAACAUGAUUCGGCCAUUGCGGAUGGCCGUUCUUGAGCCGAUAUGUGUCUUUUGGAAUCUGUACGUCGGGUUAGCCUACGCAGUCCUCUUCCUAUGCUUCGUAGCAUACCCAGUCGUCUUCCAAGACCUCCGAGGUUGGUCCCCAGGUCUCGCCGGCCUAAGCUACUGCGGAAUCGGAACCGGAACCGCGAUCGCAGUUUCUCUCGAACCCCUGAUCAGAAAAAUAAUCACGAUGCACCCCAAAGACGCAAUUACUAGUCGUCCAGCUCCUGAAGCUGCGGUAUUUGCCGUGUGUGUGGGUAGUAUUUUGAUCCCGGUCGGCGAGCUCUGGUUUGCAUGGACAGCCCGACCACCUGUUCACUGGAUUUGGUCAAUUCUCGCAGGGAUUCCCUUUGGACUGGGGAAUGGGCUUGUGUUCAUCUAUUCGGUGAAUUAUCUGGCAGGGAGUUAUACUGUUUAUGCGGCUUCGGCGAUUGCGGGGAAUUCAAUUGUGAGGUAUGGCCUUGCGGGACUCCUGCCUCUUGCGGGGGAUAGGAUGUAUCGUGUUAUGGGAGCGCAGUGGGCUGGGACUAUGCUGGCUCUCAUUGAGGUUGUUUUGAUACCAAUUCCUUUCAUUUUCUACAGAUACGGGCAUCGCAUUCGAAUGCGGAGCCCUAUGAUUGUCAAAGGCACAUGA